AAAAAGUGAGGAGAAAAGAAUGCGUCCGUGACGUAAUGCGUGCUUUGUUGACGUGACACGCAGCACCGGCGAGAUGUGGAAGGUUGAGGGAUUUGCGAAGGCGGAACUUCUGCAACUCUGGCUAUCCUGAUUUAAAUAGCAGCUGUCUUAAGCUCCCAAGUUAUCAUGGCACUUUUCUGGGUCACAGUCAUUGUGGUAUCCGCACUUUCCUCCAUCUGCUGCAUAGCUUCUCAUCCCAACCCAGAAAUUUGGUUUCAAGACCUCUUCCCCCCUAAGGUGUGUCCUGCCAAUGCCAGUGUGGAAGUUUUUUAUGGCAUCAUGUUUGAUGCAGGAAGUACAGGGACACGAAUUCACAUUUACACCUUUAUUCAAAGAAGUCCAGAAAAGCCUGCAGAAUUAGAAGGAGAGAUCUUUGAAUCAGUGAAACCAGGUCUCUCUGCAUAUGCUGAUCAUCCAAAAAAGGGAGCUGACACAGUCAGAAAAUUGUUAGAUGUGGCCAAAGAAGCUGUGCCACCCAGCCACUGGAAUAAGACCCCAGUAGUAUUGAAAGCCACAGCUGGUCUACGGCUGUUAGCAGAGCACAAGGCUCAGGCUCUACUCUCAGAGGUCAAGGUGGUCUUUGAAGAAUCACCUUUUCUUGUUCCUGAUGACAGUGUGACCAUCAUGGAUGGAUCUUAUGAAGGUAUUCUAGCCUGGAUCACUGUGAACUUUUUGACUGGGCAGUUGUAUGGCCGGAAUCAUCAGACAGUGGGGACUCUGGACUUGGGAGGAGCCUCAACUCAGAUCACAUUUUUGCCACAGUUGGAGGAAACCCUGGAGCAAACACCAGUUGAUUUUCUUACCUCAUUUCAAAUGUUCAACAGCACUUUUAAACUCUACACGCACAGUUAUUUGGGAUUUGGGCUGAAAGCUGCACGACUGGCAACAUUGGGAGCAUUAGAAAUGGAAGUAGAUGGACAGACCUUCCGAAGCUCCUGUUUGCCAAGAAAGCUGGAAGCAGAAUGGCACUUUGGGGGAGUCAAAUACCAAUAUGGUGGCAACAAAGAAGGGAAAACAGGAUUUGAACAUUGUUAUUCUGAAGUGUUGAAGGUUGUUCAAGGAAAACUGCAUCAACCAGAUGAGAUUCGGAAAAGUUCCUUCUAUGCCUUUUCCUAUUACUAUGAUCGGGCUGUGGAUACUGACUUGAUAGAUUAUGAAAAAGGUGGAGUUUUGCAAGUGAGAGACUUCAAAAGAAAAGCCAAAGAAGUGUGUGACAAUCUGGACAACUACAGCACUGCUAGCCCAUUUUUGUGUAUGGAUCUCAGCUACAUUACAGCCUUACUAAAAGAAGGAUUUGGAUUUGGAGACAGCACAAUUUUACAGCUGGCAAAGAAGGUGAACAACAUAGAAACAAGCUGGGCCCUGGGUGCUACAUUUCACCUUCUGCAGUCCCUAGGACUUUCCCACUAAAAAGGCAGUGCUUACAAGAUAUUCACUUUUCUUGAAACAAGAAAAUACAGCUUUGAUGAGUGUUUAGCCAAACACAAGCCAAAGUAGAAGAAUCAGUUACCCUUAAGAAUGAGCAGAUCUGAGCUGCCACAAUAUGGGUCCCUCUAGGAUAAUAAGUGAUAUGACACAAUUGCCUAACUGAUGCCAAAGGGCCUUGAAACCAAUCAUGCAUAAGGGGGUCAAGCACUUCUUUGGCCAAGGUAUUGAUAGAUAUUUGGCACCAAUACAUCCCAGUCAUGCUCCACGCUUUUUUCACAGGUCAUCUUGUGCCUGAAACUUAGAUUGUUCAAAUAUAAAAUAGAAGUUUAGCCUUAUGCAUUGUGCCCUAUUGACCUUUUCUAUAGGCUAUUUUGAAACUCAAGCAGUGAAGUGUUUAAGUUAUUGAUUAGUUUCUGGUACUUGUAUUUAACCCCACAUAUUACAAUGAAACUGGGCAGGGGCCAGCUGGUUCUUAAAGAAAAAGAUGCUAAUUGUUGAGCUAUAGAAGAGAUAGUCAGUGGAAAGAGUAACUUUUCAGCCUCCAUAGAUAACCACCUGGCUAGAAGUAGCAGUGGACGGAUGACCUUAGAAACACUGUGAGAUACUGUUUAAUGUGUUGACUCUUCACAUCUCUGAAGCUAAAAGAACAAAGCCUUGUCCGUAAGAAUUUGCUGGAUACCUUAGAAGCCCAAAACAUUUGCUGAGGACCAAGAGCUGCAGAAAUACUAUUCCUCAGUGCAGUUUUAGAGAACCUCUUGGUACAAGGUAUCCAAAUGCCUGAUUGUAAAUAUUCCCACUUGAAAAUGAAGAUCCUCUUACUUGAGUCUACCACCACCUCUCCAAAAAAUUUGUACUUACUUGGAAAGUGGUGCACUUAACCAGACUCGAGUGGAAAGCUACGGGUGCUCAAGUAGGUGCAUUACUUACUGCAAUACCUUUAAUAUUGUGUAGAGCAGGAAAUCUCCUCAAGUUACAUUAGUGGUAGUAACUUCUCCUAAAGAACACUUGAACAAAAAUUUUAAGAUAUGCUGCCUACAGGUAUAUAUAUUUAUCAACAUUUUUGGCCAAAUGCUCUCAUAAUGAAUACUAAAAGCUAUAUUGGUAGUGUUUGCAUACUACAGUACAAUCCUGUACAUGCUUACUCUGAAGUAAAUCCUACAAGGUCAGACAGCCUUACUCCCAAGUAAGUGCAUAUAGGCUGGCAACCUUGUUUAGUGUAUAUACAUUUUGCCCUGUAAUAAGCCAUUACUUCACCUUUUUAAUAUGUGCUAAGAUAGCUAUGGCAGAAGUUUUGGUUCAGAAGGAGCUACUCUAUGUUAUUCCUUUCUUUUAUAGAUUGGUAUUGCAAUGAUUAUCAGCUCAUCUUUGUACCCCUGAAUUUGCAAGACAGAGCUCAGUUACUCUCACUACUUGCUUUCUUGUCUUUUGGGUGGUAAAGAGGAUGGCCAAAAAUAGGCAUAAAAUAGUUGUUCCAAACAAGAACAAUACUGUUUAGUAAACUCAGCAGGGACUCAUCUACUGCAACCUCUUUGUAAACUCAGGCAUAAAUUUAAAUUUUUCAGCAUUGCUUUUCUUGUACCAAAGUUAAUCUAUGUUUGGCACAUUCACAGCCUUUUAUCCCUUUAGGUAUCAUGUGUUUAUAGCUGAGUAACUUAUGCUGUUGAUUGAGAGACCACCUCUAUACUCUUUAUUCAAACAAAUUUUAAGCCAGUGGAGUUUGUUUGUAUAAGGAACACAAGACUGACAUCUAGUUUUCCCCCUCAGAUGAUCCUAGAGAUUAUAUGACAUUAACUUGCUUCCUUUAAAAUGUUUAUUCUUUUCCUAGUGCAAGGAGAUUAUUCACAAGUUUGAUUAUCUGCACAGAACUGAAAAAGGUCUAUUUAUUUGGAAGUGAACAUUUAACUGACCAAAAUUAAAUUAUUUUUGUAACAAGAAUCAGAAGCAAAACCUGAUGUUAGGUGUGUAUAUAGUCUCGUGUAGCCUUCCCUAAUCCAAUACCUUCCAGAUAUUUUGAACAACUCACAUCAGCCCGAGGGGAUCAGGCCGGAAAUCCUGGAAGUUUAGCUCUAAAACAGCUGGACGGCACCAGACUGGGAGGUUUGUUGUAAAGUAUAGUCAAUGCUGGUACAGUAGGUUUAAAAGACACUUAUGCAGACUGAGCCCUUCCUCUGAAAUGUCUAAAUAUGCAACACUGUGAAUACAGGCUCUGUACUGAUAAAACUUUGAAUACUUUUUCAGAUACGCAUUCACAUUUCUUUCUGAAAUUAGUUAGGGCAGUAUAGAUACCCUUAUUCAUUAGCUCUGUUCAUGUUACUUGGUGCUGUAAUGCAGUUAGAUGGACAUUGUCAAUCCCAGCUGCUUAGUACAUGAAUAUAAUGGUGCACCUUUGAAUGUCUAUUUUAAUAAUUAAAAUAAUAUUUUAACAGUG